CUGGACCAGCCACCACACCACUUCCUCCCGUCAAGCUCAUUCCACAGGGCAGUAGGGGAGAUGUCUGUGAAGGAGACUGUGCUCAAAUGGAAUGCUGCGGUGGAGGCGUACAAGGCUGGCAACAUUGGUGGAGCCAUUCGUGAGUUUGAGGAGAUCGCCGACUCGGCUAAGAUUUGCUGCAACAUUGGCUUGCUCUAUCUGGAGCAGAGGAACUUGUCAAAGGCGAUGGAGUACAUGACCGAGGCUGUGGAGACCGACGAGUAUCUGGCGGUUGGCUUUUUCAUGCGCUCAGUCAUCUGCUACUACAAUGGCGACUAUGAUGGCUGUGUGGCCGAUGCCGCCAUGGCGCUGGAUCGCCUCCGCGCCAACAACUUUAUCGACUACAAGCAGCUCGGACUCGAGUUCAAGCUCCAUCGCUGCGAGGUCAUCUUCAACCGUGCCCUUGGUUACGACGCCAUGGGCCGCAUUCCUGAGGCCGACCGGGACAUGACCGAGGCCUCGUCGCUCAAGGCCGAAGAUUACCACUCGAUCAUCGACUCAACCAACUUUAACGGCGUCCCGUUCCAAGUCCCUACAGGCAUCAUGUACCUUCCGCCGGCAUCGUCCAAGUACAAGUACGAGAUGCCCAAGAGCCGCAACGUGACGCCCGGGCGUGCCCCAGCCCCGCCGCCUGCCCGCGCCCCGGCUCCGGCUCCAGCGCCCGCCCCGACCCCGGCUUUCUCGCGCUCGGCCAAGCCGAGCUCUGCCGGCCGACCCGCAGCUCCCCCGCCGACCUUUUCGCGUACUGCCAAGCCGAGGUCUGGAGGCGGCGGUGGAUCGACGCCGCCCUGGGGCGGACGUGGCGGACGCGGUGGCGGGCGUGGUGGCGGGCGCGGCGGCGCUGGCGGCCCGUCGUUCUCCCGCGGUUCCAAGCCCAAGCCCGCACCGCCCGCACCGGCACCGGCACCCAAGUGGGGUGGUGCGGCCCGUGGCGGCGCAGCGCGCGGCGGCGGAAGCGGCGGUGCGCCCAAGUGGGGUGGUGCGGCCCGCGGUGGUGGCAGUGCUGGGCGCGGUGGCGGCGCCACUGGCGGCGGCGGAUGGAACAAGCCUGCCCCGCGUGCUCCGCCUCCUGCUCCGCGUGGUGGUGGUGGUGGUGGUGGCGGCGGCGGCGGCGGCGGCUCUGGUCGCCGGGUCAAGGUCAAGUGCCACUUCCACGACACCCGGGUCAUUGUUGUCACCUCGGACAUUCCGUUCACCGAGCUCGAGCAGGCUGUCUUCCGCAAGUUCAAUGAGAACAACCUCAUCCUCAAGUUCCGUGACGAGGACGGCGAUCUGGUCACCAUGUCGUGCCAGGACGACCUUGAUCUGGCUCUGGAGGAGAACCCCAAGCUGGAGCUGUUCAUCGACCAAUAGUCAAUCCAUUGUCCCUUUGUCCCUGCCUCCCACUCUUGCGCGCUGAAAAGAAUUCCCCCUCCCCCCUGACUGAAUGCCCUCAUCGUGGCGAACGAUGAACCAUCUCGUAGUGCUGCACAAAAAAGAAGAAGAAAAAGCAAG